CCUCAGCGAUGCUGCUGAUCCUGCACUACACGGCACGAGCGGAGAAAGAAGAGGAGGAAGAGGGCGUUUUUCUUUUUUGCAGUGGAGACGACGCAAGCUCUUUUGCUUCUCCUUCGCGGCUUCCGCCCGCCAUCGGGGAGCUCUCCAUCUCUCCUCUCUCCGAUUUCUUGUGGGUUUUGAUCGGUUGGCUCCCCCUCCCUGAUCAUCUGUUAAACGAUGAGUAAUUGGGCUGGAAAUAGAGGGUCGUGCUCGUCGACGUCGAACCUGUCGGCGUUUGCGCAGCCUUUCGCGAUCCCCCAGCUGGACCCGUAUCCCAAUUCGUUGCCGCCGUUCUAUGUGGAUUCUGUUCAGCCGCCGCGGUUCGAUCAGGGGCCCGCGGAUUCUUCGCACGGCGCCUGGCCCAAUCCGUGCCCUCCUAACGCAAGAACUGAUUGGUUUCCCGCGUCGAACCCGGAGUUCGAUGUUGGGACUUACGGUUACUCGGGUUUGGAGACUGUUAAUGGAGAAAGUACCCCUUUACUUUCAUGGAACCCUGUCGAUGUUAGAGGGGAUGAAAAGUUCGGCCGGCGUUCUGAUGGCUCGAGAAGUGCCGUCACGGAAAGCGACGCGUGUUACUCCAUUUAUGCGUCGUCCGGGGUAGUUCAGGGUGAUCCCUCGGGGCUGGCUACUCAGUGCGACUAUGGCAGAAUAUCAUCUCCUUUUGAUGCGAACUUGGAUAAGUUGCCUCGUGAUGAUCAAAGCAAAAGUGUGAGUUUGGGAGGUACAGCUGAAUCAAGUGGCCUUUGGAAUGAGCAGGCACUUAGAUAUUAUGGUAAAAUUGAGGAUAUAGGUGGGAGUUACUGCUUGAAGAGGCCUAUUGCCGCUCCAUUAAUGACUGAAACUUGUACAAACGGAGGAGCUUCUCAUAGUGAUGAUCUUUUGAGUUGGGAAAAGCAUGGUGGAUUUAUAAGUGGAAAACACGUGGAUGCAUCAUCAAGCUUGGAUUUGCCUAGAGUAUUUCAUGAAACACAUCCUCAGGCAGCAAUGCCAGAGUUAUCUUCGAAUCUUGGGAAGAACCAGUGGCCAUAUGCUCAUAUAGAUGAAAAUGUUGUGUCAAAUCAUGUUUCAAGUGUGAAUGGUGGGAAUAUGAUUUCGGAAUCUUUUGCUGCACCCCAGAUGGGACCUCCAGCUGAUGGAUUUGUCCCAGGAACUGGUGAAGUUUCAUUAGGAGGUCAUAAGAAAGGUAUACACAGUGUUAAUGAGUACUAUGCUGGCACUAUGCUGUCCAGUGUAAAUGAGCCUCAGUCCCUGUUAACUUCUGGUAGUGAAUUACUGCUUGAUGGCACUGAUCUUGGGAAAGGUGUGCUACAGUGUGGUUCAUUUGUGAAUGGUGGUAACUCUGUAGUGAAAUCUAUGCCUGCACCUACAAUGGGAUAUCCAAUUGACGGUUUUAGGUCUCAAACUGGUGAAGCCGCUAUAGGAGAUCACGAAAAUGGUAGAGAUUGUGCUAAUGAGCUCUAUGCUGGCAUUUUACUGUCUAAUGUGAAUAAGCCUCGGUCUGUGCAAGCUUUUGGAAGCAAGCCACAGCUUAACGGCACCAGUCUUGGGGAAGGUGUGCUACAGCAUGGUUCUAGCAUGAAUUAUGGGGACUCUGUUGCCAAAUUGUUGCCUCCAACCAUAAUGGGAUUCCCAAAUGAUGGUUUUAGCCCUCGAACUGGUGAAGUUUCUAUCAGAGAUCACAAGAAUAGUGCUAACGAGCUCUAUGCUCGCAGUAUUUUGUCUAAUGUAAAUGAGCCUCAGUCCGUGCAAGCUUUGGGAAGCAAGCCAUGGCUUGAUGGUACCACUCUUGGGAAAAGUAUGUCACAGCAUGAUUCUAGCGGGAAUGAUGGGAAUUGUGAUGUGAAACCUUUGCUUGCACACACCAUGGUAUCCCCAGUUGAUGGCUUUAGCUCUCAAGCUGCUGAAGUUUCUACAGGAGAUCACAAGGAUGGUAGAGACUGUGCUAAUGAGCGCUAUGCUAGCAUUCUGCUAUCUAGUGUAAACAAGCUUCCAUUCGUGCGAGCUUGUGGAAGUGAAUCACAGUUUGAUAGUGCAGAUGUAGGGGUCCAGCUAGGAAGAAGUGAUUUUACCUUUGAGGAACCAUACCAUCUCGAAGAUGAAGACCGAUCAAAUAGCAAAUCUAAAUAUGCAUUUCAUCAUUUAGCUGGGGCAGAUUUGGGAUGUAAAGAUCCUUUGACAUCGGAUCAAUCCUAUUUAGCACUGGAGCAUAAUCGUACUCUGCAAUGUGCUGAAAAGCACAUUGGUGCCAAAUCUGGAUCCAGAAAUCCUCAUGUAACAUUAGACAGAUUUAAUUUGCCAUCUAAGGGUAAUCAUGCCUUGAAUUCUGCUGAGAGCCCCUCUGUGGGUUUACAUCAGUUUGAACAUGCUGUGGACUCUCCUUGCUGGAAAAAAGCAAUGGCAUGCUCAAAGCUCGGGGAGGAACCUGAACUAAGUGGUUUUAAUCUGCUACAGGACCUUCGAAUAUUUGGCAAUACCUUAUAUCCUCCUAAGGUCUCCUCUGAUAAACCAAGUGCAGGAAAAGUACUCUACAGAGGUGGGUGUAGUAACAGAGGUUCAGUGUCACCCUCAGUGCUGCAUGCCUUUGUUAAUCCUUCAGGCAGAGAGGGAGGAUCCAAUGAUAAUGAGGAUAUUUGCUCGAGUGAUUCAAGACAUGUUCUGUUUUCUAAUGAAGUCGAGGAAUCUACUGGACAUUGCAUGUCGUGCCAAGAAUCAAUUGGUGAUUCUAAACCUUCUCAUCCCAUGCAGCAGAGUUCAGGAGAAGGUGAUGUGACUUCUGACAAGUGGCACAUGCCCACCCAUCAUGUCUCUGAUGUGGGUACAAAUGGAAAUGAUUCUUUGAAAAUGGAUCCACCGGAAGGGUUGCUCCUUUCUAUGAAGCAUGUGUUGGAAUCAACCAAUGCAGUAGAUAAUUCUCCUGGGGUUGCCAAAUGGGAUAGGGGACCAGUAAUCCCAAAUAUAGAUGGACAGAUGCUAGUUUCAACUAUGCACAAUCUGUCAGAGUUACUUCUCUAUUCAUGUUUAAGUGGUGCAUGCGACUUAAAGGAAAGAGACACCGAUGUCAUUCAAAAGGUGAUUGAUAAUCUUUGUGCAUGUUCAUCAAAGAAUGUUGAGCAGAUGACCACACAACCCAAAAUACAUAAUUCUGAGGAAGACACAUGCAAAGGUUUAGGAGCAUCACCUGAUCUUGACAUGGUAGGUUGUUUUCUGCAGAAAAAGGAUAACUGGGUUCUUUUCCCACAGAGUGAAUCUUCUGUAAAUAUGCCUCUUGCCGGUGCAUUUUCUGUAAAUAUUAAGGGUCAGCUUGACAAUCACCGUGCCUUUGACAAGAAGACGCAAGAUGCUGGGUUUGAUAGUGAGGUUGAAAGUUCUUCUGAACUUUCCUCCUGUAGGGGUAAUGCCCUGAUAAACAAAGAUGAUGCCGUGACCGAGGCUAUCAAGAAGAUUCUCAGUGAGAACUUUCAGGUUAAGGAUGAUUCGCAGCCACAAAUACGCUUAUUUAAGAAUUUGUGGCUUGAGGCAGAGGCUACUCUAUGUUCCAUGAAUUACAAGGCUCGCUUCAAUCGUAUGAGGAUCGAGAUGGAUAAUUCCGGGUCCAAUGAAGUGAAAGAUUCUUUUGAAAAUAAUUUGGAUGCGGAGAACUCAUCAGAUAUUGGAGUCUCUGUUCAAUCAAAUGAAGAUGAUAAAUUGUUGGCUGGGACAAGGAGCUGUGAAAAGCCUGAGAAGCUGAAUGCCUCUGUUCAGAGUCUGACUGUGGUCAGCACAAUCAAUCCUACCACUGACCUUUUAGCUCCAAGUUGCCGGCCUCAUAACUCAAGUACUAAAAGUACUCCAAAUGUGGAGGAACAAGGGCCUCUGAAAGUUUCUCCUGAUCUCAGCAGGACUGCAGAAUUGACAGCCGGAUCAUCCAAAGAGAACGGUAGCCUCGCACCUGAAAUCUCUCUCAAUUCUCCUGUAACAGGCGCAAUCUGCUGCACUGAUGACGUACAGGCUUCUGAUAUGGCCAGAUUGAAAAUCCUGAAACGAUGGGAUGAGAGCUUACUUUCUGAAAAUCAGACACUGAUUCCUCCAGGUUCAGUUGAUAUCGGGGUCGCACUUAAAGAAGAAAGCUUUCCAGUUGCUAGAGAAAGAGUGAUAGAGGAAAGCACUGACCUUUCUGGUGGCAAGUUGAAGAUGGAGUCUCGGGCUGGUGCUGAAGAUAGUCAAAUACUCCAUUUUCGAGCAAAAGAUUCGCCCAAAAACCCUCUCUCUGCAGGCUGGCAGGACUGCUCAGACUGGGAGUAUGUGCUGAAAGAGGAGAUUCGGGGCAGAGAUUUUAAAUCUUGACUUCAGGAGUAAGUGUUCCUCAAAUGUGAAUAAUCACCCAUGAUUUACUGGAUCUGUAUCGCUUCUCUCUAUGUUAUGUAGAACACUGUGUGUCAAACCCCAUGAAUUGCUCUUGUGGAACUCUUUGAUCUCCAAACUUGUAAAUAGCUUUCAAACGCUGUCGGUGUCACAGCUAAAUGAAGACAAGUCGUGCUUGCAUGUGUUUUGCUUCU